AUGACUGAACCGACGUCGUCACCAAUACACUGGCCGACCUUUUUUACCUGUGUACUUAUCUCCUUUGGACAAUUCGUUGGUGCCUAUGAGUCCGUAAUCAUUGGAACCACUCUCGAGAAGCCCGACUUCAUGCAGCGAAUGGGCCUUUGGGACAGUGAUGGCAAUGAGACAGCCAGGUAUGGCUCGUUGGAAGGGGCUAUCGUUGGUCUGUUCCAGGCAGGUGCCAUAUUCGGAACUAUCAUCAGUGCCAUCGUGAUGACAAAAUGGGGUCGCAAAGCGGGCCUUGCAUUCGGAUCCAUCAUAUCACUCGCAGGUCUGGGAGGCAUGACAGGAUCCAUGAAUGUGGCAGAAUUUUUAGUCUUUCGCUUCAUCUCCGGGUUUGGAACAUGGGCGUGCGGUGCCGCAGCGUCCGUUGCCAUCCCCGAGCUCUCACCCCCCUCGCAUCGAGGUCUAUAUGCUGGACUGAACGGCGUGAUGAUUGGAUUGGGCGUUGCGACUGCCUCUUACGUAGGGAUGGGAUUCUACUUCUGUGACAACGAGGCGGCUUCAUGGCGGGCACCGAUGGGUAUCCCACUUUUCGCCCCUAUUGCAGUCCUGUUGGCGAUGCCGUUUGUGCCAGAGUCCCCGCGGUAUCUCCUCCUACAAGACAGGCCAGACGCAGCCAAGCGCGUAUUUGACAAACUUAAUCCACGAUCAGGGACACCGGCACACGACACAUAUGUGGACGAAGAAUUCAGCCAGAUCAAACAGCAAGCCGCUUACGACCGAAUGCUCGAUUCAUCGUGGAAGGGUCUUUUCACAACACCCACCUACCUUAGGCGGAUAAUAUUGGGCUGUACACUUGCCGUACUAAACCAGAGCACGGGUGUCUUUGUGAUCAACAAUUACGGCCAGACGUUCUACUCGCAGCUCGGUUUCUCUCCAUCCGCAAGCCAGCUCCUCCAAGGGAACCGGGACAUUAUUGCGUUUCUGGGUAAUUUUGUUGGCUCCUGGAUCGUCGAUCGUAUCGGACGAAAAGCCAUUCUUCUUUUCGCUUUUUUCGGUUGCUUCACCUGUGUACUCCUCGAGGGCAUCAUGGUGGCGCUAUACGCAGAGUCAGACAAUUCCGCCGGUAAAAAUGCUGGAGUAGCGUUCAUUUACUUGUUCCUUGUCUUUUAUGGUACAGGUAUUGACGUGGGCACAUACGUCUACCUUGGAGAGAUGUUUCCCAACCAUAUCAGGGUGAAGGGGGUAGGCCUUUCUCUUGCUGCAAUGAAUGUGGCAUCAACAAUCUACUUAUCUGUGACUAGUACAGCCGUGGCCUCUAUUGGGUGGAAGUUUUUCUUGGUCUUUGCCGUCAUCACCUUUCUUGGAAUGAUAUUGAUAGCCGUCUUCUUUCCGGAGACGCGCGGCCUUCCCCUGGAAGAGAUCGAGGCAUUAUUCGGAAAUGAUCAAGCUAUCGUAACCUUCACAUCUACUUCGCCCACGACAGACGCUGGAAUGGGAGAUCAGGAAAAGGGGAUGGCGGAGCAUGUCGAGGCUUGA